AUGAGCGGUGCUAAAUCAGGGGUACAAAAAAGGAUUUCUGAUGUAGUCCCUAGUUCCUUAUAUGCACAUUGUACGGCUCAUAACUUAAAUCUAGUAAUUGCUGAUGUUGCCAAAAGUUCAUUAAAAAUUUCUACAUUUUUUGAUAUAGUUCAAAAUAUAUAUUUGUUUUUCAGCCAAAGUGCACCUAGAUGGGCAUCAUUAGCAUUUGGUAAUGAUAUAGCAAAUCAAAUACAAAAAAAAGUUUUGAAAAAAGUGUGUAAUACAAAAUGGGAAGCUAGACAUUCAUCUGUAUAUGCAUUAAAAGAAAAUUUUAUUAAUGUAUUGAAAUCUUUGACAAAUAUUUCACUAACCAGCAAAAAAAGUGAUGAAUUAAAUAGAGCAAAAUCUCUUUUAAAAAAAAUGCAAUUUUUUUAG